UUCAGGUUGUAUAUGAUUCUUCAGGUUGUAUAUGAUUCUUCAGGUUGUAUAUGAUUCUUCAGGUUGAGCCUGCUGGUCCAGCUGAGGAAGAUGAGGGACGUUGUCCAGAACAAUCUGUUCCCGUCGGCUGAGAUGGUCCUCUCCAUGACCAAGGAGUUUGGAGUGGUGCACCCUGGGAGGUGGCAGCAGAGGCUGCUGGGUAGUGGUGCAGCAGAGGCUGAUGUGUUGUCACACCAUGGCUCGGAGAACACACAAUGCCACGUGGAUACACACAAUGCUCCCUACUUACAGCGGAAACAAUACCUCACCAACCAGCAGAUGAACAAACUCACCAAAGAUUUUAUACAGGCCAACAUUGAGGAAGUGCAGCAGGCCAGUCUUCAGCUGCAGAGGGCCAGACCUGCAGUACUGCUGGCUCCACUGGAUGACAAAGAACACAGCAUUCAGACCACAAUACAGUCUUUAGGGCAGAGGUGGACCUACAACCAGCAGUACCACAGCGCUACAGUCGACCCCCAGGAGGUAGAGGCUGAGCGGAAGGCGAGGGAGGCCCAGAGGAGGGCAGCCUGGAGGACCCCCGAUGGCUUCCUCUACCCAGGCUUCAGGAGUUCCACCGAGGCCAACGAACACCCCAGACACCCGGAUGAGGCCCGCAGUGACGAGCUCAGGAAGCCUUGGAGAGAGAAUGUGCUCCAUGGCAACACCCAGAGACCCACACUGCCUCAGAGAGACAUCCGACCCUGGCGACACCGCUACAACGACAUGGAGCUCUACAUCACACCCCCACCAGUCUUGAGUCCUGUCCCCCCUGUUACUAUACACCUGGCAGGAGAGCGUCUGCAGAGGGAGCAGCUGCAGGGAGCCCAGUCUCAGUACUACCGCUGGCUGAGGAAGGUGCUGCCUGACACAGGACACACUCCCGCGCCAAACUGCAGCCGCGUUCGAGUCCCACAGUUCAGCUGCCACAUGGGCGGGGCCGACCCAGGGAAGCUGCAUGAUAUACUGAAGGAUCGACCAAUGAAAUACUCCCUCAGGAAACCUGGCCUCACCCUCAAGCCCAUGCCGGUACUGUCAGUGCUGCAACAACCCCCGCAGGUCUCCAGGUCAGGCAAUAUGGCGGUGGUGAGAGAGGAGAGCUCUUCCUUCGCCCCGGGACCGUUCCCGGACCACAGUCUGAGCUGGGAUAAGAACACCAUCCCCCGACAACCAUCACACUACAACAAGUACCACUUUACGGAGUUCCUGAGGCAGAGGUCGUUCCAGUACAAGAGGUCAGCUCCACCCCUAACAGACAAAGAGAGGCGUGUCCACGUCUUCCAGAAACACCCAGCCCCCUAUGACACCAGACAAACCGCUGGAACCAGCCAAUCACAGCCGACCCAGAGCGUCGUAGAGACUCGGACCUAUAGGGAUGUCACCCUGCACAUCAACUGAGGAAAACCCCUUGGUUGAGUCCCAAAUGUGGCACCCUAUACAGGGCACGACUUUGGCCAAACAUUGGUACUGUAUAGGGAAUCGGCUGCCAUUUGAGAUGUGACCUCAGACUGAAACCACACUACUGCACUAUGGAUGACAAAUGUGAAAAAUCAACACUAAUAUAAUAAAUGGCCAUUAUGUUCCAACCACCACUGUUGAUUUCAUUCCUCUUCAAUACCGUCAGUAGAAUCAUCAGUACUAAAAGAAGAGCAGCAUUCCAAAUGGCACCCUAUUCCCUAUGUAGUGCACUACUUUUGAUCUGGUAAACUAUUAUAGUAAAUAGGGUGCCAUGGGACCCAGGUCAUUGUAGUCACUUGUGUGUGUUAUUAUAAAUGGUAUAUACAGUAUUAAAGGAACAUCCCUGGCGAUUUUCUUGAUGUUCUAUCAUCUUGGUUCUCAGGAGAAUCUGGAACUAAUAGAGAGCAUCAUUACAUACAACACCCACUACAUUCAUUCAUCUAAUAAAACCAGAGUUUUUUCUGGAUCAAAAAGGGUCUUAGGCGGCACGCCCAGAAAAAACCCUGCUCUCUGAACAUUGUGAGUAACUGACACAAAGCGUAUGAAAUGUCAGUAAUUCAAAUAGCUUGUAUAAUAUGGUAAUAUGGCAUGCAGUGAUGUGGCUGACUGACUGGUGGGAUUUCUGCAACACAUGCAACUCUGCUGUAGUGAUGAGCUGUAAAACUCUACUGGCUGUGAACAAUUAGCCUGUUUUCUGUUCUACCCACUCUUCUGCAGCGCAGUCAUCCAGUAGCUGUUCUUGAAGAACGUGUUUGGCAGCAGCACCUAGAACAAUAGAACACAACACAGCCGUAGAACAACAGAACACACACCCGUAGAACAAUAGAACACAACACAGCCAUAGAACAAUAGAACACAACACAGCCAUAGAACAACAGAACACACACCCGUAGAACAACAGAACACACACCCGUAGAACAACAGAACACACACCCGUAGAACAACAGAACACACACCCGUAGAACAACAGAACACACACCCGUAGAACAACAGAACACACACCCGUAGAACAACAGAACACACCCGUAGAACAACAGAACACACCCCCGUAGAACAACAGAACACACCCCCGUAGAACAACAGAACACACCCGUAGAACAACAGAACACACACCCGUAGAACAACAGAACACACACCCGUAGAACAACAGAACACACACCCGUAGAACAACAGAACACACACCCGUAGAACAACAGAACACACAGCCGUAGAACAACAGAACACACAGCCGUAGAACAACAGAACACAGCCGUAGAACAACAGAACACCCCCGUAGAACAACAGAACACACCCGUAGAACAACAGAACACACCCGUAGAACAACAGAACACAGCCGUAGAACAACAGAACACACCCCCGUAGAACAACAGAACACACCCCCGUAGAACAACAGAACACACCCGUAGAACAACAGAACACACCCCCGUAGAACAACAGAACACACCCCCGUAGAACAACAGAACACACCCGUAGAACAACAGAACACACCCGUAGAACAACAGAACACACCCGUAGAACAACAGAACACACCCGUAGAACAACAGAACACACCCGUAGAACAACAGAACACCCCCCCGUAGAACAACAGAACACACCCCCGUAGAACAACAGAACACCCCCCCGUAGAACAACAGAACACACCCCCGUAGAACAACAGAACACACCCGUAGAACAACAGAACACACCCGUAGAACAACAGAACACACCCCCGUAGAACAACAGAACACACCCCCGUAGAACAACAGAACACACCCGUAGAACAACAGAACACACCCGUAGAACAACAGAACACAGCCGUAGAACAACAGAACACACAGCCGUAGAACAACAGAACACACAGCCGUAGAACAACAGAACACACCCUUAGAACAACAGAACACACCCUGCCACUUAGUUCUUCACGGUACAGAAUAUAUUAGAGAUAUAAA